UAGCAUUCACGUGCACACCCUAUUUGCUAAUAGGUAUGAUAACGUAAACAUAAAAUCUGCCAUGUUAUUCCAACAGAUGUAUGGGGUUCAAAUGAAUGAUGCAGGUAUAUACUAAAGUUUCUAUGCAAUGUUGUAACUAAAAAGAAUGGAGAUACAUGCAAAUACAGAAGUAAAACUAGUAGUGGAAAAAGUAGCUAUUUAAACAGGCCCGCCUUUCUUUUCGCUUUAUUUCUGAGUUCGUCAAAAUGGAUUCAAUACGUAGAUUAACCGCAAUAACAAGCAGAAAUUACAGUUCAACUGAUCAAGAUGACACAUCGUUACAGGGUGGAGACUCUGGAAAAGCUGUACUUUAUGGCAGAAAUAAGCGUUCAACAGGUCAGAUUCGUGAAAUAACUUUUUCGAAGGAACAAGCAUGUUGUAUUGUAGGUAUAGUACUGAUGGUAAUGCUUAUGAUUGCUCUAGUGGCAGCAUUUGCAAGGCCAACUGUAUUCUGUGAAGAUGGAUAUGGAAAUGUAACUGAAAAAAUUUUGUUGAAGAACACAGCAUCAAGUGGUUUAUUUAAAGCUGGGAAUAAAGAUUUUCCUUGGCAGGAAAUUUGUCUUCCACCAUUUGUUAAGCCUCUACAUUAUUCCAUUUUUAUACAUCCAAAUCUGACCACAUUCUGUAAUGAGGGAACAGUGAACAUAACAUUAGAAGUUCUGCAGGCAACCAAUUUUGUUGUUAUUCACAAAAAAGAUUUGAACAUAACUGUUCAAGAUCUAUUCACCAUUAGUGGGAAGCAAGUUAAGAUUGUGCAGAGCUUGGAAAAUGCUGAACAUGAACAGUUAUAUUUAGAGUUUGAAACCACUAUGAAACCCUCAGUGGAGUACAUUCUCCAUAUCCAGUUUAAAAGGCUACUUCAUGAAACUCUUGAAGGAUUUUAUGUAAGUUCCUAUACACCAUCUGGUGGGCAGAAAAGAUAUCUUGCAACAACCCAGUUUGAACCAACAGCAGCUCGCUCAGCAUUCCCAUGCUUUGAUGAACCAGACAUGAAAGCAACAUUUUCUCUUCAAAUUGUUCAUGAACAAGAUUAUGAUGUGUACUUCAAUUCUGAUCUAAAUAUUUCAUUGCCAUAUGAGAAUGGCUUAAUCUUGUCUGUGUUUAACCCAACUGUUCGUAUGAGCACAUACCUUGUUGCCUUUCUCGUGUGUGAUUUCAGUACUAUUCAAGGGAAGACAAAAAGUGGAACUGAUGUGAAAGUAAUUGUCCCAAAAGGCCAGAUGAGCCAGUCAGUGUUUGCCAUGGAAUCUUGUGUGAAAAUCCUUGAAUACUAUGAAAGGUUUUUCAACAUCUCUUAUCCUUUGACAAAGCUUGAUAUGGCUGCUAUACCUGAUUUUUCGGCUGGAGCUAUGGAAAAUUGGGGACUUGUGACCUACAGAAUGAGUGCCAUACUGCAUGAUCCAAAGGAGUCUUCUUCAGACAGCCAAGAGUUGGUAGCAAUUGUUAUUGCUCAUGAAUUAGCUCAUCAGUGGUUUGGAAACUUGGUUACAAUGAAAUGGUGGAAUGAUCUGUGGCUAAAUGAAGGCUUUGCCACUUAUGUUGAAUUCAUAGGAGCUGAUUUUCUUAAGCCUGAGUGGCAAGUGAAAGAACAGUUCAUUUUCUCUGUCACCCAACAUGCACUUCAAAUGGACAGCUUAAAAUCUUCUCAUCCUAUUACCUCUGAUGUAAAGGAUCCAGCUGAAAUCAGUGCUAAUUUUGAUGCCAUAUCCUAUAAAAAGGGUGGAGCUCUUAUUCAAAUGCUUGAAAGUUUUCUUGGAAUAUAUACCUUACAAGAGGGGUUGACACUCUACUUGAACAAAUAUAAAUAUGGAAAUGCUGAAACCAAGGAUUUGUGGGACUGUCUGACUGAGGUAAUAAAUGAUGGUUUGCAGACAAACAUCAGCUCUAUUAUGGACACAUGGACAAUUCAGGAAGGAUUUCCUGUUAUAUUGGUUUCUCGUGUGGGAAAUAUGGUUUAUGUAAAUCAACAGCGUUUCCUUCUUGCUCCUUCAAAAAGUGAUGCAGUUUCUGAAGAAGACAUUUCACCUUAUGGUUAUGAGUGGAAUAUUCCAAUAACAUACAUAACCGAUAGGGAUACAGAGGUGCAAAGGUUCAUGUUGAAUACAACCACUGGAACAUUCUCGGUUAAAGAAAAUAUCAAGUGGCUGAAACUGAAUGUUAAUCAAACUGGUUUCUUUCGUGUGACAUAUGAAGAGCAUGAAUGGAAACAUUUAUUGAGGUUUUUACAUCAAAAUCAUGAGAAGCUAUUCUGUGGAGAUCGAGCCAGUCUUCUUGAUGAUGCAUUCUCACUUGCACGAAAUGGAAUGCUAAACAGUAGUGUUCCUUUAGAUAUGACAUCUUAUCUUCAAAGGGAGAAAAGUUAUGUACCUUGGGGAACAGCUUUACUACACUUUAAUGACUUAGACUUUCUUCUGUAUGAAACUUCUGUGUAUUCUCUCUUUCAGCAUUAUGUUCGUAAACUACUGCAUCCUCUAGUCAGCUAUUUAGGUUGGAAAGAUGAAGGCUCUCACAUGACACAAAAGCUUCGUUCUCUGGCUUUGGUAGAAGCUAUAUAUUUUGGAGAUAAGAAGGUUACAGCUCAGGGCAAGAAAUUGUUUGAUUCCUGGAUGAAGAAUGGCACAUGGAUUCCUCCGAACCUCCGAAGCCCAGUGUACUUUGCUGGAAUCACACAAGGAGGUACUGAAGAGUGGCAGUAUUUGUGGAAUUGUUACCAGAAAUCCACUACACCUUCAGAGAAAGAACUGAUUUUGAGUGCUCUUGGUGUGACAACAAAAACUAGACAGCUAAUGACAUACUUGAAGUAUUCCUUGGAUUCUAGUAAAGUUCGUGCUCAAGAUACGGCAACAAUCAUUAGCAAUGCUGCGAAACAUCCUGCCUUUCAAUAUCUUACAUGGCGUUUUUUGUACAGCAACUGGGACAAAAUAUUUGAAAGGAUUGGUAGUGGAUCCUUUGGAAUUGGAAAAGUUAUUCUUGAUGUGACUUCACACCUUACUUCUCAGUUUGACUAUGACCAGGUGAAAAGUUUCUUUGAAUCCAAAGAUGUUGGAUCUGGAAAGCAAGCAGUUCAACAAAGUCAAGAACAAAUUCAAGCUAAUAUCUACUGGAAACAGAAAGUACAGGCAUCAGUUGUAAAGUGGGUAGAGAACAAUGUUUAGGAAUAUUUAAUCACAGAGUUUGUAUUCAAAUACAAUUGAAGAUUAUAAGUGGUUGAAGCAACAUCUUAAAAAUGAACUAACCAUGUGGGCACCUAUAAUGUAGAUUAUUGUUAUAUUUAAAUGCUUUUUAUAUAGAAACACCCAUACAAAUUGUUUGUAAGGUUCCAUAUAAAUAACAGUCAAUUCCAUAGAAAGAAAAUAGACUUGAAAAUGUAAUUUUUUAGGAGUUUGAUUCAAUAGUUCAGAUAUGUUUGUGGUAGUUUAGCAUAUAUGUAGGAAGUUUACAUAUCAUAAGAAGUAUCAAUAUAUUAAUAAUCUUACCUUUUACUACCCCUGUUUCUGUUCAGUCUAGUGUUCCACCUUAAUAGAAAUUCUGCUCUAUAUUAUAUAGUAAUAUAUUUCCUUUGAAUAUUACAAACUACUUUGUUAGAUUUUUGUAAAAUACGAAAGAAACUGAAAUUUGUGCAUUGUGUUUGGUUUCACAGUUAUUGAUUUCAGUGUUUCUUGUGUGUUGUGUUUGGUUUCACAGUUAUUGAUUUCAGUGUUUUUAAGCUUUAAAUGUCAUAACACUUUUAAUUUUUUCUCUCCAUCUGGCUUUUAAUAGUGAAUUAUGAUUUGCUUUGGUGAUGUAAAAAUUAAUAUUCUUGUAUAUUUCAUAUUUGUACAUUGUUUUCAGUAGCUGAAACUUUUAAGCUAACUGUUCAUGCUCUCACCAUUAAAAGCAUCACUUGUCUGUUUUAGGUCACUCUUGCUACCACAAACAACAGAUAGUUGUUAAAGUAGUUAUUUCUUUUAGCUAUGAUUCAUUAUUACUCUUUUCACAUCCCUCUAUAUUAACACCUUUGUUCCAAGUAAGCAUAUGGCUUUCAUAAGUGAACAGUAUUGUGGUAGAAUAAUUGUUUCCAUUAGACAUAAGUAAUGAUAGGAUUAUUCUGUUGCACAAGUGGUGAUAUUUUUUAUUACAUAGACCAUUACAUUUCUGAUGAUCUGUACCUAUAAGUUUAAAAGCUUAAUUCACGUGUGACAGUCCAUUUCACAAAGAACACAACAAUGGUAAAAAUAUUGUUACUUUAUUCACAACAAGAGUAAUAAAAAACCUGUACAACAGUGGAAAGAAGAAAAUAAAUUAGAACACACUCUCAACAAUUGUAACAGUAAAUAGUUAUGCACAAAUCUAAAUCACUCUUAUAAAUGCGUUACAUAGAUGUAUAAUAUUUAGUUAAUAUUUAUUAAAAUUCAGUGCAAGGUGUAUGACAUUAGAAAAUAAAUAAAGCAAUUUAAUAAGAAAGUACAAGAUGUCUCACCCUGACCAGGUGGACACAUCACUAGGCUUUGGAAGUAUGAAUUGUGCCAUGCCAGAACUUUAAAACACUGAAAACAUUUAAUAAAUGACAACUGAAACUAUGUUAACUGUAAUAACAUUAAUUAACAAAAAAUGUUAAUACAUUUAUUAAACAUUAUUAAUCUACAAAAUCAGAGUGGCAGUUAUAAGAAAUACUGUAUAUAUAAUAUGUAAAAUGCAAUGAGAAUUACUUAAUGAGACUCCUCCCAUUAAUGACAAACAAUGGGAGCAACACACACAAUAAAUGGUUACAAUUCAUGAUAUGAAAAUGACCAACAGUUUCACUGCAUCAAUUAAUAAAAUGAAACAUACUAGAGGUGACAUUUCUUGUUAGAAAAUAAAGGCAACAUAAAAUAAACACUUAUGCCCUCUUAGACAAGCAUUGAUAACUCAAACUUAUUUUCACUUUAGUUUUGAUUAACUGUCAUCAGAUAAUAUUCUCUGAAACUAACCAAUCACUUCAUUGUUACUGAAAAUAUUAAAUUUUAUGUACAUUAAAUAGAUACACGCUAGUCAACAUGAGAACUGCUUGUUGCUAUUAAAUUUUGAAAUGAAUAUCAAUGUAAAAAUUCUUACUUAUAAAAACAAAUCUUGCAUAUGAAUAAAGAGGGUAAAUUUUCCUCUGUCAAAAUUACAACACCUGACAGUUACUUUUGGACAUCUCUGGACCCAUAUAAUUUUUAGUUGUAUAAAAAAUACCACUAAGUAAUGUAAAGUUGUUGUUUUUUUAUUGUAUUUAAGUUAAAAGUUGGUGAAAAGCAUACAAGUAUGUUUAAUAUUUUGUAUGCAUAGCAAUGUUGUUGUUUCAAGAACUAAUAAGUUGUGUUGACUUCAUAAAUAUAAAUGUAAGCAAUGUUAAAUGGAAUCAUGGAAUAAUUUAUAAAUAUUUGUUAAUUUAUUAGAAAGUAUCAAAUAUCCCAUCUUAUUAAUACUAUUAUAUCAAAGAUGUAUAUACUAUAAGCACGUCAUGUCUGAAAACAUUUUUUAAUUCUUCUGCUAGUUUUCUUGAAAGUCAAAUUAAAUUUGCCUAUUCUAGAAAUGUGAUGAUGAAAUAGAAAAUGUAACCAUGGUUAAAUGUUGAAAAUAUAACUAGAAUGUAUUUUCCUUUCAAAAAUCUACAAAUAAAUGAACAAUUUUCUGUACUUUCAUAUUUCUAAUUUUUUGAGGAAUCUUUUGAAAAUCAAAGUUGCCAGGUUGAGCAUUACUUGUUAAAAUGUUCUUUGAUGAUAAAGUUAAAACAGGUAUUUAUAUGUUUAUGAUAGCAUCAUAAGAAAUGUAUUAUAAAGUAAGCGUGUACUAUAUCUGUGACUUUAUGGACUUAAAAAACUUCAAUUUAGAUACCAAUUAAAUUUGCAAAAAGAGGCUAGGUGCAUGCAUAAAUGAACAGUGAUAAUUUUAAGGGAUAACUCAUGUUUCUCUUCGUGACUUUUACUUGCAAAGUGAAAAACACAUAGCUUUAGGGUUUUCAAAAGUUAUGAAACUACAGAUGAAAUCCAUCACUAGCAUUGUUGUAUAACCAUAUAAGUGUUGUAUUUGUCAUGUUCUAUGAUUUACCUAACUUAAGCUUCAAGAAAAUUUUAUUACCUACAACGUGAAAAUUGUAUACUUCAGUAACUUUUGUUUCUAAAUGAAUAUGUAGCAUUUAAAUACUGUUGUAUAUAUCUAGGAGGAGAUAAAAUAUUCUGUUACUAUUUUUUCAUUUCAGCUAUUCAUUUUAAUUUCCUUCAUUGGCUCAUAAACAUUUCUUAUAUGUAAAUCAUAACAUUCAUUAUGCUGCCUUUAAAUUUUUUUUUUCCAUUUCAUCUAUAUAUUGUUAUAUAAGGUACUUCCCUCCUCUCACGAGAUUAGCUAUUCUUGUUCAUUGCUGCCCUCUAUAUGUGAACUUUUUUAUUACACAUGCCCCAAGCCUUCUUCAUCACACUAUUGGAAUCAAAUGAUUCCAACAUUUCUCUCGUGCACAUCAUCAUGUGUCAUUUAUCAACCAAUAGGAUCAUAGUACACUCGCGUGACACAUGUGACUCCCUCUAUGUGCUUCUACCAAACUAUCUUUUUUCAUUUGGCAGCGAUUACGCUCGGACAUCUCUUUUUUCAGGUUUGAGAUCGUAUUUUCUCGAAGUAGUUUAAUUUAAUUUAAAAAUACUCCUUUUUUACAUUAUUUCAAUUCAUUUAGCCUUAUUCCAGUUGCAUUUCUUAUUUACUUCAAAUGCUUUUGUCGACUACGUCACCAUGAAUUCCAAAGUUAAUGUCACCACUUCGGGUGUCACACAAUGAACAGGGAUUAUACCACAGGCUUCAUGUGCUGGGGACCUGAUGGGAGAAUUGUCUAUGUUUUUUAGCAGGGAGAUUGAGAGUUAUAUGGGUCAAUCUUUAUUUCCAGACCCUCUUCCUCCUGUACCUGUGGAACCUGGCCAUGUUGACAAGGAAUUUGAUCGCCUGUUUCCACCUCCUGAUUGUGCCAUGCCUUCCCAUACCUUCCCUGAGGAUUUUGUUUGUCCGUCAAUGGUUUUUUUCAGACUUUAUUUCUCAGGUAUGUGAUAUUUUAUCCCUUGCUCCUAUAUCUUAUGACCUGCGUUCUUUGUUAUUUCAUGAAAUACUUCCCAAUCCUAUUUGGUGAUUUCUCCAUCCUCUGACAUUCGGUUCAUGCUGACCAAUUCACCUCUCAGUUGGGCGAUGGUGUUAGUAUGCCUUGACCCCCACGGGCUUUGGAUCAGUCAGCCCUUGCAUUUCAUAGGAUGGUCUGUCCAUAUCUCAACCAAUAGCUGUUGGGUUCUGUUUUGUCUGUUUGGUGGUCAAACCCUAAAUCUGUCAUUAGUCUUACCCUCAUGACCAAUUUUCCUGCCUCUGUCUUACCCUCACGAUCUUUUUGGCAGUAUCUUUCCACGAUCCAUAUCCUUUCUGAGGCUCUUCACAAAAAUCCUGAGGGAUUUUCUGGAAAUACCCUCUCUCUCUCUCCUUACCUCCUCAUUGGCUUGUUUAUUGUCUUCCUGUCUGGCUUUACAUACAUGGUAUCUUUUUUCUUGGGACAGUUUAGGUCACGAUGCUGUUUUAUCGUGAAUCUGUUUACCUGCUCCUUUUCUCCAGGAUUUGUGUAUGGCUCUGUUUUUAGGAUGUUUCAUCUUUGAUGCAGUCCCAGAAUCCUUGGAAUCUCGGAUGGCAUCUGCCCAACAACACUCUACCAUUUCCCAUCUAGUUUUUCGUUUAUUUCAGUCAGAACCAAGUGUGGUGCCUAUUCAGUUUUGAGCCCUUACCUUCCCAUCCCUUACUUGUAUCAUCUUCCCGCUUGCCAUUUUUCUCGAUGACACACGAAACACCACCAAUAGUUCUGGUGAUUACCUGAUGGGUUCAAACCCGGUGGGAGCUUGCUUUGCAGCAUUUGUUCAUCAGUGGCGCACUUUCAUCUUGGAUGUUUGGAUUCCUCAGAUUUUGUCAGAGGGAUUCGAAAUUCCGUUUCUUACCCCACCUCCCUUCCCUUGUCCCAGGUACUUGUUUCCUGCCAUUCUCCUCAGGAUCCAGUAACUUGCCAGCAUCUAUCAGAGGCAGUACAGGACCUAUUCACCCAACACGCUAUAGAACCUGUUUCACAUCAUUCAUUGGGGUUUUACUCCCUUCUGUUUGUUGUUCCCCAAAAGCCCGGGGAGUGGAGGCUUGUCAUUGAUCUGCCCUGCCUCAAUUGCUUUGUUCACCUCCCAUGCGUAUCCAUGGAGUCUUACCUCAGUCUUCAGUGGGAUUUUUCUCUGGGUCUAUGGAUGACCAAGAUGGACGUCUCCAAUGCCUAUCUGCAUAUUCCUAUCUUGAAAUGGUCUCGUCCUUAUCUUCUGUUUGUCCACUGAGGGAUGGUAACCAUUUAUGCCUACCCUUUGGGAUGGCUUUGGUUCCAUAUGUUUUCUGUCAGGUGGUACAAGCUUUUGCUCUUCAUUUUUAUGCCCUGUGGGUGCAUUUCCAUUUUUACAUGGACAAGUGGCUACAUUUGGCCCAUUCCAAAAAAGGAAUCAGUCUGUCGUACUCGUCAGCUACUUCUCAAAGCUGCUCAGGUUGGCUGGUUUAUCAAAUUGGAGAAGUCCUACCCAAUACCUUGUACAGCUGGGCCCAACCUUCUUCUCUCAUACUCUGUUCAAUGGAACUGUCAGUUUGCCAUGCCCUGUCUACUCCUUGAUUUUCUGCAUGCAAGGCUCUUUUGCUUUUGGGGAUAUGGUCUUCUAUGACACCACUAAUCCCCUUCAGCUGCACACACAUGGAAUCCCUUCAGUGGAAUCUGCAUGAUCAAUGGAACCUUGCUCGGGUUCCCCUGAAUACUCCCAUUACCCUUCCUCCUUCCCUUGUAGACAAUCUCUUUUGGCAAUUGAACAAGACUCGCACAUCGGCUAGUAUCCAACCUCCUCUUCCGGACUUACAUCUGUUUACGGUCGCAACCCUUCAGAGCUGGGGUGCAUGGGUCGAUCAUCAGGAGGUUUCAGGUCAUUGAUCUCUAGACGAAAAAUCCUUAAAUAUUAACGUCCUAGAGCUCUUAGCCAUUCAUUGGGCUUUGAAUCACUUUCUUCUCAUUGCCAAACAUUGUCUGGUAGUGAUCCAUUCCGAUGAUUCCAUGGUGGUGGCUUAUAUCAAUCAUCAAGGUGGCACCCAGUCGAGAUCCCUCUGUUUUCGCAUGUUGGAUCUCCUGUAUUGAGUCCACAUUUGUUUCAUUGUGUGUCAUGUCCCGGGUGCUUUCAACCUUGUAGCAGAUUGUCUUUCCCGCUCUGACAAGGUUUACCUGAUGGAGUGGACCCCUUGAUUUCUGGUGGCUUUGCAGUCUGUGCACUAUUACUCACAUCAAUGCUUUUGCCUCCUCUUGCAAUCACCAGUUACCCCUAUUUCGGUCCCCAGUUCCUAAUCUCAGGCUUUGGCUAUAGAUGCCUUCAGCCAGGAUUGGGCACACAAAUUCUUACAAGUUUAUCCUCCCAUCCAAUUACUUCAUUGGAUAGUUUGCCUGAUCCAUGCCACUCUGUUUUGGGUCCUUCUGAUUGCUCCCUACUGGCCAGCUCAACCAUGGUUUCCUCGUUUACUCCACAUACAAUUUCCUUAUUACCUGACCUCCUUCAUCAACCCUGGUCACUGGUUUUAUAUCCCACACCUCAUGUUUUCCAUCUUCAUUCCUGACUUUUGCCCAGUCUUGAAGAAAUCUGGUUUCUUCCAUUGUGUAGCUUCUCAUUUAGCCCAAUCCAAUCAUCCUUCUUCCAUGGAAAUGCACCAGCAAAAGUGGAAGGUCUUUCACACGUGGGCCCAGGCUCGGGAUUUACUGGCUGCACAUUCUACUGUUGCUGGUGUCUCCAAGUUUCUCACGUGUCUUUUUGACUGGGGGUCUUCAGUGUCCUCUGUUUCAGGUUAUCAGGCAGUUUAUCCUAUACCUUUCACUUUUAUAAUUACUGCAGGACUUUUCUCUCACCCGUCUUUACCAUGUUAAUCCAUUCCUUCCAGAUUUGUCGACCUGCUCGACGACUUAUCUUCUGAAUUGAGAUAUUAAUGUGGUUUACCUCUGUUCGAACCUAUAUCCUCAUGUUCUUUAUUUUACCUGUCUCAAAAGGUGUAUUUCCUUCUCCUUUUGGCAUUGGCGGUCUGACUUUUUCGCCAUCGACGUUACACUCACAUUUUACCACCAUACCUAUCUUUUCCUUUAUCCCGAUCAUUCCUUCCUCCCCAAAACCUCAGCUGGUCGUGAGGGUAACUACUCCUUUUUGGCUAUUUCCCUGCCCUCUAUUUCUCAUCUCUACCCCCGUCCUUAUCCGGAUAGAUUUCUAUGUCCUGUGUGUGUGUGUGUGCACCCUUCAUUGUUAUGUUACCUGCACGGUUUUCAUCCGUGGUUCCCAUUCCUCUCUCUUUUUCCCUUGGCAACACUCUUUCCCCUUUUACACUCAUCAGUUAGGUUCCUCAUUUCAUACAGUUGGCUUAUUCCUCCUUGUCCUCUUCCCAGCAUACUUUGUACUGUGUUACCUCUCAUCAAAUCCAACCUUUUCCCUUGCUUCUCGUCUUCAUCAACUUCUGGAGGUAAUCUUACAAUUGGACAUGUGGACCAAUCCUAACAAGUUUAUCUCCCAUUAUUUACAUCAUAUCACGGUUUUGGUUUCCUCUAGUUUUUGCUUUCCACUGUAGCUAUACUCCAAUCUUAAAAGUGCAACUCUAACACUGGAAAUCUUUAUUAAUCAUUUAUUUUUUUUCAAGGACCCAAUCUUUAUACCUUCAUUAGUUGGAUCCUUCUCUGUGGCAGGUGGUGCCUGACCAGCUAUUCUUUAACUCUAAAUCCUCACUGUAUGCCAUGUUAAACAGCACUUCCUGUUCAUGGCUACACACGCUCAUCUUUGAAAUGGGGUUUUUCACAAGAUCACUUGUAGGUGAAUAACCUCACGAUAUUUGCUUCAUAAAUUGGCAUGUUCCAUUGACUUCAUGGGUAAAGCAGAAGGGGAUAGCUACCCAUUCCUGCCAUACCUUGAUUGAAUAUAUUGGUGUGGUCUACUUUUUAAAAUAGGGUUUUGUGAUCACCCAUUGCACUGUCUCGGAUGUUGACGUUCCUCCAGACUCUCCAAUGCAUUCUUGCACUCCUUUCUUCUAGUGGAGUAUGGGAGUCUUUACCACUUACCAGUUUCAAGCCACUAGGAUGAUUGACCAUGAAGGCACCCUGCUGGAUGGAUUCCACUUAAGAUGGCUAUAACCAUUCAGUUCAGAGUAGAGCAGUGGUGUUCUGCUUUUGUAUAUGGUUUAAUAUCCUCUGAUUAAUGAUUAAAUACACAACGGAGUGAGGCGUCAAAAUGCAGUUCACCCCUUUGAUUGGGAGCCCUCUUUCUACCCUCACGUGUAUGUCAGUCCCAAAGGCUGGUUUUGGUUUUCGAGUGAACCAAUCAACAUAAGUUCUCACCACGGUUUCAAGUUGUCUAUGUUCCUCCCUCGAAUACUCCUUCUGUGUUGUGUGUCACAGUGGAGAUAUGUGGGACCCUUCUGGUUCUAUCCUUGGCACUUCCUCAUUCUCCCUUCUUACAUGAAUGUUAUUGCCCUUUGGAUGGUUCCGACCUGUUUCACGGUCUCGGGAGUUGAUCGCAUGCGAUAGACUUUCUUUAAUAACGGAUGUCCCAUUCCCGGAUCGAUAGUUCAGAGCUCAUCCUGUGUAAUACACAAUAUUUGGAGUUGUUCUGAAUUCCCCAUUUCUUGAGUUUGAAGUGAAGACUGUAUGAUUCACAUUCUACCCUCGUGCGGAUGUCAGUACCCCUAGCCACUACACCACUACUUUCUAUCGCUUUCUCUCCCAUUAGGAUGUGCUCCUCUAAUUUUCUGCCCUGAUUUUUAUACAUUCUUCAACUGGGUGAAGAGUAUACCUGGAUCAGAAAUGGUGUGGUUUCCCUCUAAAGAUCUUCGAAUCUGACUCUCUCAUCUACAGGGGUGUCCUUCAGAUGCUUUAGGGGGGUACGUCUAUUCUUCUGUCACACCGGUCCCUCCUCCUAAUCAAUGUGGGAUUCUGGCUAAUCUUUUGAGAGGAGUGAAGUACCGUAUGGGAAGUUAUACCUUUCCUAUACUGAAAAUGUAUUUCCAAUAAGUACUUCCCUCUUUUCACACUUCCCACCCUUCCUCCCCCACUCACUUCCGUCAUCUGCCAAACUUCGAAGAAAUAGUUCGGUGGUGGCACAUAGAGAGAGUCAUAUACGCCACGUGAGUAUACUAUGAUCCUAUUGGUGGAUAAGUGACACAUAAUGAUUUGCAUGACAAACACGUUGGAAUCAUUUGAUUCCAAUAGGGGAUGCAGAAGGCUUGUGACAUGCUUAAUAAAAAAAAAGUUCACAUAUAGAGGGCAUCAAUGAACGAGAAUAGCUAAUCUUAUGAGAGGGGGAAGUACCUAUCAGAAUACAUUUUCAGUAUAGGAAAAUUAUAACUUCUCUAAUUGUGUAAAUAACUGUGUUCAAUUGUAUUUUGGGGUUGAAAAAAUAAAUCAAUGUCAACAUAUUUCCUCAGAUGAUGAAAUCAGUUAAGUGGAAAGUGUGUCACAUCUAAAGUACUGUAUACAUUUGUUGUUUCAAGGUUUUACAAAGAUUAGAAUAUCUUGCUUAUUUCUUGAAAGAUUUUGAGAAGAGAAACUAUUUUAGUAUAAAAGGAAGUUAAUAUUAGAAAAUAUUCCAUACUAUAGAGCACAAAUGUCUGAUCUGUGUAUUUGAAAUUUAUUUACUGCCAUUUGAUAAUGUGUGACAUAUGUACAUGCACACAACUUAUUUAAUUAUAAAGAUAACAAUUAUGUUCAUUUUAAGGAAAAUAACCAUAGUCCAACAGUAUCUCCCUACUUUGGAAAAUUGUUUAAAAAUACCAUUCAUAAUUGCCCUCAUUAAAAAUUAUCGAGCAUGCAAACGUUGAAAUAUAAGAGCUGGUGUGGAGUGAGAAAGAGUGAAAUAAGUAUCCUGUUAGCUACGUUUAUUAACGAAAGGUAUUGAAAACAUAAUUUGUAUAGGAAAACAUAAGAACUGUGUUGGCCUUUUUUAAGUCAGUUAACAAACAGAUUUGUGCUUUUUACCCCCACCCUCCCACCUUUCUUAAUCAAUGAAAUACAACAAAGCAAACUUACUUUUAAAAAUAAAACUUUAUUUAGAAAAUCACAUUUUAUUCAAUUGAAACAAAACCCAUUAGAAGUUGAAAUAAAUUUUUAUUUUAAGAAAUAUCCACACAAAACUAUAUUUGUUUUAUUAGAAGGCAAUAAAAAUAACUUAAAUCUGAUCUUGAAUUUAAAAGUUAACUUACAGCUUCAUAGGGAUUUUGGGUGCAGUAUGUCUUUAAAAAAGACCUUAAUAAUCAAUAAGUGGUAAGCGGCUGUUUUAAUUUACUAUAUAUUUCCAUUGCACCUGCUUCCUUUGUUUAGUCCCAGAAUUAUAAAAUUUAUGAAAUUUCUAUACAACAUACCAAAUAAAAAGAGAAUUUCAAAGGUUAAAAACAAACUACUAAUUUCUCAAUAAACAAAAUUCUUCAGAUAAACUUUACUCCCCCCCCCCCCAAAAACCUAAUAUUCAUGUAAAAGAUAUCAACCUGAUUACUGACUAAAACAUUUAAAACUUGCAUUUUAUAACUGAAUCUUGAAAGUUGGCAUCGAGAGAUGCUAGUAAACCAUUACAAGGGAAUAAUGGUAUAGGCCAAUGAAUAAAUUGAUUUUAUAUCGCAAAAAAGAUACCAAGAGCAACAUGGAGUCUUCGAAUGAUGUGUAUUUGUUUUUCUGAUAUAAGUUGAUCAUCGUCCUCUGGCGAUGACAAAUCUCUGUUGUACAUUCCUAGCACCAUUGUUUAUUUUAAUCAUGUGACAUUAAACUAUAUGCGAUUUCAUUACAUAAUUUCGAUACAAAACGUUAUUUACAUUCAAUGAUUGUUAUGGUAACCACACGAUCUUGUAUAUUUGUAUGUUAUUACCAAGUUGAAGUUCGAUCCAAGUUCGUUGUUCGUUUUCAGCUUUUGAAUAAUGAACAAGGGACCAGCUCUUUGUUCGUUUUCGAACUCUUGAAUAAGGUAAAUAUUGUUCAUUGUAUUUUCCACUCAUUUUCUUUUGU